UUAAUAGUAAUAGUAAUAUUAAUAGUAAUAGUAAUCAUUCUUGCUCAUUGAUAAACUCUGUCAUGGCUAUUCGCAUUAUGGUUAUGCUAGUUUUUGUUUCCUUUUUCUUAAUGCAAAAAAUUCUUGCACAAAAUAGUUUUCAUAAUUACUAUAGAUAUCUAUGGGGAUCCAAUCAUUUCUCUGUUAAUCCUCAAGGAACUGAAGUUCAACUCUUGAUGGAUAAGUCCUCAGGAGCUGGAUUUAGGUCAAAAUUGGAGUAUAGGUCAGGGUUGUUUCACGUAAGGAUGAAGAUACCAGAGAGGAAAACAGGUGGAAUAGUUACAUGCUUCUAUUUAACUUCAGCACCAGACAACCAGGACCCAGGAAAUCACUAUGAAAUCGACUUUGAGUUUCUGGGCACCAACGGCACGGUCCAAACCAAUGUGUAUAACAAUGAUGGAGGCCACAGAGAGCAAAGCUUCAAUCUUUGGUUCAAUCCUUCAAAAGAUUUCCACACUUAUGAAAUUCUAUGGAACUCUCGCCAGAUAGUACUGGUCAGGAACUGUGGAUUGGAGGCAAGCUCCAUUUAUAGCUCAUUUUCAAGAUUUUGGGUUCAGGGCUUGCCCAGCCAGCCUCGGGCCCCGCUGCAACAGAUUAAACUAUUGGCAGUUUGGAAAUGGGCAGUUACAAAAAAUGUAGCAGUAUAGAAGAUUGUACAUGACUUAUGACUACUGUGCUCAACCUUAUACUGCCAAGCCAGAAUGUGCAUUCAAUAAGUGAAGGGAAGCAACCCUUGAUACUUUCUUCAACUCCUACAGAAAGCUA